UGCCUCGAUUUUAAUCAGAAUAUUUUAACCCGAAGGGUGUAUCUAAAAUUAAGUUUUUGGUAUUAUUUCGAAUUCUUAAGUCUUCAAAUACUAAAAUUUCGAAAAUUAAAAUUUUUAAAAUCUUUCAAAAUUAAGGUUUCGAAAAAAGAGUUCUCAUAUGAUUAUUCACCUAUUAAAUUUGGUAAAUAUGGGCACAGCCAUUUAUGCAUGUUUUCUGGCUUUUAUUUCCUCAACAGACCAAAAUUCUAGUCAAAAUCAAGUAAUUUGCCAAAUUAGUGAUAUAUUUAAUGAUCCUUAUACAAAUUUUUUAAUUUAUACGAGAGGGGAAAUUAUACAUUUACUUAUUAUUAUUGUUUAUUUAAUUGUUUUGCUAUUAAUUUCUUUUAAAUUUAAAAAUUGUAGGUUUAAUAUUUUUCAGAAAUUUAUUUUUUUAAUUUGA